AUGGGUAAUUGCUUAAGGCAUGAAACAAAAGCUGAAUGGGCAGGCGAAGAUUGGACGCCGGCGAUGAUGACAGAUAGCGAAAUGAAGAAAGGCGACGACAACGAGUAUUGUUAUUCAGGAUCAAAUAUGAUAAAGGAGGUAAAGGUUAAGAUUACAAAGAAACAAUUGGAAGAAUUGUUAGGGAAGAUGAAUGUGGAUGUCCAACAACAAAAACAAGGGUUGUCUUCUGGACAAAUAUUGGGGAAGUUGGUUAAGGUUAGUGUUUAUUCUGAGACCACUCAUCAUAAGUCUUGGAGGCCUCGGUUGCAGACCAUUCCUGAACUUUAA